AUGUGCAAAUCCCCCCUCCACGACUUCAUCCACGGCCUCCCCAAGUGCGAACACCAUGUCCACCUCGAAGGCUGCCUCACGCCCUCCCUAAUCUUCCACCUGGCCGCCCGCAAUGGCAUCACGCUCCCCUCCCCAACCGAAAACCCCGCCUACGCCUCCAUCGCCGCCCUAACAGCCCGCUACGAACACUUCACCUCCCUCGACGACUUCCUCGCCUUCUACUUCGAAGGCAUGGCCGUGCUCCGCACAGAACAAGACUUUGCCGACCUCGCCUGGUCCUACUUCCAAAAGGCGCAUGCCGACGGCGUCCACCACGCCGAAGUCUUCUUCGACCCGCAGGUGCAUCAGAGCCGGGGCGUGGCGUAUGCCACCGUCGUAGCCGGGUUCGCGGCGGGCUGUCAGCGCGCGGAGAGCGAGUUGGGACUGUCAACGAGGUUGAUUAUGUGUUUUGUGAGGCACUUGCCCGUGUCGUCGGCGCGGGAGGUAUAUGAGGAGUUUCUGGCGCAUGAGCAUUUCCAGGCGCAGGUUGUGCAUGGGCUGGGCUGGUCUUCGUCCGAGGUUGGUCCACCCAAGGAUAUGUUCCGUGAGAUCUAUGCGGCUGCGGCUGCGAGGGGCAUUCCCCUGACGGCGCAUGCGGGCGAGGAAGGUGAUCCGACGUAUAUCAGUACGGCCCUGGAACUCGGGGCGCAGCGGAUCGAUCAUGGGAUUCGACUGGUUGAGGAUCCCGAGUUGAUGAAGCGGGUUGCGCAGGAGGGCAUUUUAUUGACGGUUUGCCCGUUGUCGAAUGUGCGAUUGCGCUGUGUGCCGAGCGUGGAGCAUGUUCCUGUGCGCAAGUUUCUGGAGGCUGGGGUCAAGUUCUCGAUUAACAGUGAUGAUCCGGCGUAUUUUGGGGGUUAUAUUUUGGAUAAUUAUUGCGCGGUGCAGGAGGCGCAUCAGUUGUCUGUGAUGGAGUGGAGGAUUAUUGCGGAGAAUAGUGUGCAGGAGAGUUGGAUUCCGGAUGAGAGGAAGGCUGAGUUGUUGGAGAAGAUUGAGGGGCAUGUUAAGAUGCACAUGGUGGCUGUGGAGGCUUGA